UUUUUUUUGGCUUCCAGACGGGGUCAAAAUGUUGUCUCCUAGCUCAGGGAUGAUUUGGGAUGAGUGAUGUCCUGUUUGGUAUCCUGUUUGGUGACAUCUCUUUCCCCGUCUCUCUGUCUUUCAGUUAGUCACUCCCUUCUAGGUACCUACACUGCAGUGAAUACUGAUGAGUUCACUUGUGUCCUGUGGCUUGAUGGUGAAGCAGUCGACUCCUACAGUAACAAUGGCCUGGCCAGUGUGCCCCGUAGAAAUUGGAUGUGUGAAGAGCCAGGCCAUUCUCUGUGGAAUUCUGUCAAACUCCGUAAUAUGGAGCACUGGGACAGAGGCAGAACUGACAUCUUAAAAAAAUACACAGGACUUAACCUGUCUGGUGCUGCCGUCCUGCAGGGGAGAUUGGGCUGUGAGAUCGAGAGAAACUCUGACUCUGGUAUAAGUCUUAUGAGGACCUUUGCUCAAUACGGAUGGAACGGAGAAGACUUCCUGUCCUUCAACCUCAGCAGGCUUCAGUGGGAGGCUUCAGCAGGAUCUGCUGUCCCCAUGAAGAGGAAGUGGAACAGGGACCAGGACAUCACCAUGGAAACUAAGAACUACAUAGAUUACAUCUGUGUGCAUCACCUGUUGAGAAGUUUGUCCUUUGAAGCAGAGGAGAGCCAGGAGACAGUUCAGCCCACAGCUGCAGUAUUCGCUAAGAGAUCCCUGAACCCUGGGAAGGUUAUUCUGACCUGCCUAGUUUCAGGAUUUCACUGCAGAGACACGACGGUGGAGGUUUAUCAGGAUGAUGACAUCAUCACUGAAGAAGACGGCCUUUUGUCCUCUGGGAUCAGACCAAACGGGGAUGGGACCUGCCAGCUGAGAAAGAGUUUGGACAUCUCUAACAGCACUGAGGCAUCGCAUAGCUGUGAAGUCCUGUUCAGAAGUCUUAAACAACUGGUCAAAUGGGAUGGGAAGAUAUGGGACCGGGCUGCACCAAGACAAGGCUACAACACGAGACGUCACUACUGGUGGCUUAUUAUGCCACUUUUUGGGUUUUUCAUCUUGAUACUGGGAGUGAUCUACAGAUGGUACACUGCACACAGAGAGAGAUUGAUUGACGCCAGCGAGAACAGCCAGCCGGAAGCGGGCGUCCCUGCAGGAGAUGCACUACGAGUCGAACCCGGACCACGCCGAGUCGCGCUUGGAGGAAGACUCCGAGGCCGAGCCCUUCUCCGAAAGUGAGGGGCUCAUCUCCGUGGACGGGUCGAAGACGAGGGAGGUCCAGUGGCACAUGAAGGAGGCUGCCAUGUUUGACUACGGGCUUUAGGCACCAGAGUGUGCGCACCACUGAAGUGUACUUCACUGGUGCAUGCUGGGUACCUAAACGUAAAGGAUCACGCAGAUCACACAGUAAACGCAGAGCAGUGAAGUUAACCCGUGGGGCUGGGCUCACGAACUGUGACUUUACUGGCUAGCUGCAGGAAUUUGUGGACUCGUAAAGUCAAGAUUUAGCCAUGGCUACACGUUUAUGUAGUGGCAAAGAGGAAAAUAAGUUUCUGAGUACAUUAACCUGUAAUGUGGAUGUUUGUGCGAAUACCGGUUUGUGUAUACAUGUAUUGACUGGGGUGUGCUGAAAUAGCCUUGCUCUCCAGGGUACAAGUCUAUCUACAGGCAUUCAUGUAAUUGUUCAGUGACAGAAGACCUUCUAUCCGAGUAGGUAAUGGAGUAGGUAAAGGUGCUACUUAUCCGGGAAUCUUGAAAAUAAUGUUUUUGUGUCACAAAGAAGCAACAUUAAAAAUAUGUUUGUCCAGGCACCAAAUAUGACCUAUCCCAGGGAGCCUUAACUAAGGUUACUCCAUCUGUUCAGUGAAACCAUCUAAAUAUCCCAGACCGUGACCCCUCUGUUAUUUAUAUGAAGUAACACUAGGGUCCAUCUGGACACUGACUCAAACAGAUAUCCCGGAGCAGCUGCACUGUCAGCUAGAAACCCUAUCGAUACGCACAGGAGGUAACCCGCUUAGUGUUGCCCCAGGGCCGCAUACAAGGCCAAUACACUGACUGGUCCUCGCUACGCCUUGGAAUACCAGCGGGUUUGUGCUGGCCGUGAUGUCCGCGAAAGGAGUUCCUGUGUCAUGCGUAUUAUAUUAGGUUAACCAUAUACGUUGAGAACCAUUCAUAAUCAUAUCGUGUUUAUAUUUAGAAGCAUACAGCAGGUCUUGUUACAGCUAUAGGUUUUAUCAUCUUGUGUGUUGUAUUAGGUUAGCAUUUUAUCGUGCAUAAUCACUGUUUAAUCUCUCUAUUAGAAUUUGUUAUUGUUAUAAAAUUAUCCACUAACAAACUCAUACAGAGGUAUUUGAAUUCACCAAUAUCGAACGAAACUUCCCUCGAAUGUAUCUGUUACGUGAUUGUGGUGUGGGGAUGGCUGGUUUAAGCAGCCCUGGGUCAAGCUAAUUCGACCUGGCUAGUUAGAUAAUUGGCCAGGCUAAUUGGGCCCAGGAGCAGGAGUGGCUGCACCUGUGCGUAGUGAGGUAAUCAGUGCGCACAGGUUAAAUCUGCCAUCCCCACCCACACAAAGGAGCCUCUCUGUCAUGACAGUGUUUUACAUCUGCUCCUUGGCAGUAACAUCUUGCCAAACCCUUGUAAAUAAAUGUGGACUAUUUGAACAUCGUCUCCCUGUGUCUCUGUGCUGGAGGGCCCCUAGGAAAGCCACUUCGGUGGCCUGUGGCAGGUGUGUUUGCCACAGUGAUUAAGGUUGAGUGAUUUGUGGCUGUUUUGGGUUCCGUAUUCUAACAGUGAUGAGUCACAGUGGUGUCGAUUCGUUCCUUUUGAACUCAUCUUAUUGGUGAAUGGAGAGGAACUGCAGUUAAGACUCAUUUUCAAGUUACAAAAGUUACUGUCUGAAAUUGUCUUUCCACACGCUCAUUGCGAGCCGCGACGGCAGCGGUUUGAAUCCAACCACCGACCUUUGUCGCACGUCUCUUCCGCUCUCUCUCCUUCCUGUUUCUCUAUGCUGUUGUCUAAUAAAGCUGAAAAAAGCCCAAAAAAUAAAAAGUUAUUCUCUUAAAAGGAAACACCACACCUAAUACAGAAAUGGGGAACUGAUUUUAUUACCAGUUAAAUGAUGUGCAACAUUACAUCUGUUUGUACGGCUGCCUGAAAAACCAGUAUAAAUUUUUUUUAUUUUAUUUUUAUUUUUGGUGUUUGAGGUGGAAACACAGGCAGUUCCGGUUCGGGGGUUGGUUGGCAUGGUGCCAAGGGAUCGUUGAUCAGUCCCAUGAAAAGCAGAGUCCCUAAGAGGCGAGAGAGAGUUUUAAUGUUCAGUAGAACACAUUCAGUUACCGCCACUGUCGUUAGGAUUUACCGAUUUGGCACGAACCAGAACCCAGAACACAAUCUGACACAAAAAAAGAACAAAUUGUACACACACACACACACGCCGGGUGGCCUAUUUUUGUUUUUGCAUUUUGUUUGACUGAGAGGAGACUGGAUUGGCUGUGCUUUUUCUGUGAUGUCACGUGGAAUUUUCAGAAGCUAGGCGACGCAGGGGUUUUCUCACCAGGUUAGUGGUGAAGACACACACAGCUUUUUUUUUUUUUUUUUUGCUCAAAUCGGGUAGAGCGCAUAAAAUUUACAUCAACGGUAACAGCACUUCAGCCGCAACACAACCUUUAGAUUUGAUGUUCUUUCCCUUUUUUAAAAAACAACUAAUGGGUGACAUACCUGUGGGGUUGUGUCGAAUGAGGAAGAGGAAUGGUCUGUCUAUGGUCACCGGUGGUGGGGAAGAUCUGGUUAACAGGACCGAAGCUUGAAAAGAGAGGGGGGGGGAGGGGGGGGAGCAAAAUGCACUGAAUUAAAACACACCCCCGAUGGGACGGGCCUCCCUGUUUGUUUUCCAGUGACCACCUCAGUGACAUUUGACAUUGAGUUCUGAGUACCAGGAAACUCCAGCACGCUCUGCGGCUCUCUGGGGACUGUCAUAGGGAAACCCCCUCACCCGUGGCGACUGAUGCUUUGGUUCCGUCUUCAUUGACCUCCAUUUUGGCUCUCUGGACAGCCUUGGAGACAUACACUGGCUCUGAGCCUAAGGAAGGGGGGGGGGGUAGUUAACAGUUACAUGUCAUAGUAACACAGCCUUUGAAAUAUAUCAAGUGUGUUUGCUGAUAGUAUUAACUGUCAUUUUCUUUUCUGCCUUGAAGGGGGUGCUGGAGAGCCAUUUUCAUUAAAAUGGAAUGGCACAGAAUUAGUAGCAGUGGUUGUUUUUUUCCCUCAUUGUAAACGUGAAUACCUUGUCGGCAGUUCGAUCUAAAUGUCAAGUAAACUUAAAAAUAAACAGAAUCUUUUGAA